AUGCCAUCUACAUUGGGAGACAAGAUUUCGCUCCUCCCAAAGCUUUCGCUCGUCAUCACGAACACAGUAUUCUCGGUGCUGACUGGCCCCUUUCGCGGUGAUGAAGGUGCUGAGACCUUCGGAGAGCAUGUGAUGAACACUGCUGUCCGAACAUUGAUAACCUCCCUCACUACCGGGCAACUUCAGAUGAUCAUGCCGCCCUUUGUGAGCACUUACGAAUCAUACUGUAAACAAAAAAAGCUCACACCUAAUAUUGUGGACAUCCCCAACACGAAUACUAAAGGGUUCUGGAUUGGCAAUCCAGAGGCCAAGUAUGUCAUGAUGUACUACCACGGAGGCGGUUUUGUCUUACCAGGUAUGCCACCGCAUGUGGAAAUGUUGGGUCGGUUCGUCGAAUGGUCGGGAGGAAACCUUGCCGUCUUUUGUAAUGCAUACACGCUCGCUCCGGAAGCACUGUAUCCACUUCAGAUCGGUCAAAGUGUUGAAGCUUUGCGAUAUGUCCUUUCCUUGCCAGGUCGGACGCCCGACACAACGCUCUUGGGAGGCGAUUCAGCGGGUGGAAACCUUGUGCUGGCCGUUCUGAGCCAUUUUUCUGGACAUCCACAUCCCAAUUCGAAGAUUGUGAAGCCGCUCCAGCUCACACCUCAAGGCCAGAAGCUGUACGGGGCUUUGAUGAUUGCUCCUUGGGUGUCAUCAGACGUAAAGAGAUUCAAAUCUAUGACCCAGUUCAGGCACAGAGACACCGUGAAUGGCAUUUGUGCAAACUAUUGGAUCGAAACAUACAAAGGUGGUGCCUCCGAAAAGGACGACGAGUACAUCGUUCCAGAGCUUGCCCCGCCAAGCUGGUGGUCCGGGACCGAAAACACAGUCUCCUCAACACUGAUUACAGCAGGUGAACACGAAGCUCUCCGGGAUGCAAUUUUAAGCUUCACAACUAAGCUCAAGGAAGGUACCUCUGGUGGAGCGACGUUGAAAGUUGUCAUUGGAAAGAGAGAGGUCCAUGACGCUCCAUUGAACCCGAAGCCUGACUCGGAGCUUGAAAAAUUGGGCGACGCCUCCCAGGAAGCCGCCAUAAAGACGUGGAUUAUAACUCGAUGUGGAAAGUAA